AUGGCGGCGGUGGGGCCCCCGCAGCAGCAGGUGCGGAUGGCCCCUCAGCAGGUCUGGGCGGCGCUCGAAGUGGCGCUCCGGGUGCCCUGCCUCUACAUCAUCGACGCCAUCUUCAACUCCUACUACGAUUCCAGCCAAAGCCAGUUCUGCAUCGGGAUCCAGAUCUUCCUCCGGCUGCUUGGGAUGUUUGUAUCCAGUAUUGUUCUCAUCUUGUCACAGCGAUCACUUUUCAAGUUUUACACGUACAGCUCAGCCUUUCUACUAGCUGCAACUUCAGUAUUGGUGAAUUACUAUGCUUCUUUGCACAUUGACUUCCAUAGUGCCUACAACACAUCAGCUUUUGGAAUUGACCUGCUUCCUCGAAAAGGCCCUUCGCUAUGGAUGGCACUGAUCGUUCUACAGCUAACAUUUGGAAUUGGAUACAUAACGUUACUCCAAAUUCAUUCCGUCUAUUCACAGUUAAUCAUUUUGGAUCUCUUGGUUCCUGUAAUAGGCUUAAUCACAGAGCUCCCAGUCCACAUCCGAGAGAUGUUAGUUUUUAUUUCUUCUUUGAUUCUCACAUUAAAUACAGUGCUUGUGUUGGCAGUUAAACUUAAGUGGUUUUAUUAUUCCGCACGGUAUGUCUAUCUUUUAGUGAGGCACAUGUAUCGAAUUUAUGGAUUACAAUUACUGAUGGAGGACACGUGGAAGAGGAUUCGUUUCCCAGAUAUACUUAGAGUUUUUUGGCUAACGAGAAUUACAGCUCAGGCAACAGUGUUGACAUACAUUUUAAGGAUGGCCAAUGACACUGGGUCCAUCUUCAUUUCCUGGGAUGAUUUCUGGGAGCUCAUUUGCAAUCUGAUCAUUAGUGGAUGCGAUUCGACACUAACUGUUCUAGGCAUGAGUGCCGUAAUCUCCUCCGUAGCCCAUUAUUUGGGACUUGGAAUACUGGCCUUCAUUGGAUCAACUGAAGAGGACGACAGGCGUCUUGGCUUUGUAGCACCUGUCUUGUUUUUUAUUUUGGCCCUCCAGACUGGUUUGAGUGGGCUCCGGCCAGAAGAGAGACUCAUUCGCUUAAGUAGAAACAUGUGCCUUCUAUUAACUGCAGUCCUGCAUUUCAUCCAUGGGAUGACAGACCCCGUGUUAAUGUCGCUCAGUGCCUCUCACGUGUCAUCAUUUCGUAGACAUUUUCCUGUGCUGUUUGUCUCUGCUUGCCUGUUUGUUCUUCCUGUUUUACUCAGUUACGUUCUUUGGCAUCACUAUGCACUAAAUACUUGGUUGUUUGCAGUUACAGCCUUUUGUGUGGAACUAUGCUUAAAAGUCAUUGUUUCCCUCACUGUUUACACGUUGUUCAUGAUUGACGGCUACUAUAAUGUCCUCUGGGAAAAGCUUGAUGAUUAUGUCUACUAUGUUCGUUCAACAGGCAACAUUAUUGAGUUUAUAUUUGGAGUAGUAAUGUUUGGAAAUGGGGCUUAUACUAUGAUGUUUGAGUCAGGAAGUAAAAUUCGGGCUUGUAUGAUGUGCCUACAUGCAUAUUUUAACAUCUAUUUACAAGCAAAAAAUGGGUGGAAGACAUUUAUGAAUCGUAGGACCGCUGUUAAGAAAAUUAAUUCACUUCCUGAAAUCAAAGGGAGCCGCUUACAAGAAAUCGAUGAUGUAUGUGCAAUCUGCUAUCAUGAGUUUACCACAUCUGCUCGCAUCACACCGUGUAACCAUUACUUCCAUGCACUUUGCCUUCGGAAAUGGCUGUACAUUCAAGACACUUGUCCAAUGUGCCAUCAGAAAGUGUACACUGAAGAUGACAUCAAGGAUAGCUCAAAUACAUCUAACAACAACGGCUUUAUUGCACCCAAUGAAAAUCCCGAGGGAGCUAUACUAGAAGCUGCUGCUGACUCGGACAGGGAACAGGAUGAUGACGACAGUACAGACUGCGACGACAAUGAUGACGACGUUCAAAGAGCAAGAAAUGGCGAGAUCCGGCACACAGGCCCGGUGGCGGGAGAAUUUAUUGAUGAUGAUACUGAUUAA